AUGCUCGCCACCGGCGUCUCAGCAGCCCCCGCCGGCAAAGACAAAGUCCCCAAGGGCUUCGUCACUGCCGAGGGCGACCACUUCAAGCUCGACGGCAAGGAUUUCUACUUUGCUGGUAGCAACGCCUACUACUUCCCUUUCAACAACAAAUCCGACAUCGAAAAAGGCAUGACCGCCGCCCGCGCCGCCGGCCUCACCGUCUUUCGUACCUGGGGAUUCAACGACAAAAACCGCACCUACAUCCCCACCGGCCUCCCGCAGUACGGCAACGAAGGCGCCGGCGACCCCACCAACACCGUACUCCAGUGGUGUGAGGCAGACGGCACACAAACCAUUGACGUCUCCCCCUUUGACAAGGUCGUCGACUCCGCUUCCCAAACAGGAAUCAAGCUCAUCGUAGCAUUGACGAACAACUGGGCCGACUAUGGCGGGAUGGAUGUCUACACUGUUAAUCUGGGGGGGAAGUACCAUGAUGACUUUUAUACGGUACCGAUAAUCAAGGAGGCUUACAAAAAGUAUGUGAAGGCGAUGGUGACAAGGUAUCGAGACUCAAAAGCGAUAAUGGCGUGGGAAUUGGCGAAUGAGCCUCGGUGUGGUGCGGAUGAGAAGAGGAAUCUGCCGAGGAGUAAGAGGUGUACGACGGAGACGGUGACGGGGUGGAUUGAGGAGAUGAGUGCGUAUGUGAAGAGUUUGGAUGGGAAUCAUUUGGUGACGUGGGGUGGGGAGGGGGGGUUUAAUAGGGGCGGGUGGGAUGGGUUCUAUAAUGGGGCGGAUGGAGGGGAUUUCGAUAGGGAGUUGAGGUUGAGGAAUGUGGAUUUUGGGACGGUGCAUUUGUAUCCUGAUUGGUGGUCAAAGAGCGUCGAGUGGUCCAACCAAUGGAUCCGCGACCACGCCGCUUCGGGCCGUGCCGCCAACAAGCCCGUCGUGCUCGAGGAGUACGGGUGGAUGACUGACAAGGGCCGUCUGGACCAACUUGGCCAGGUAAAGGACGAGACCAGACUUGAGGUCAUUGGCGGAUGGCAGAAGAUUGCCAUCCAGGAGAAGUUGGCCGGCGACUUGUACUGGCAAUUUGGCUAUGGCGGGUAUUCGUACGGACGCAAUCAUGAUGAUUCGUUCACCAUCUACUUGGAGGAUGACGAGGCCAAGGAGUUGGUGUAUAAGCAUGCCGAGGAGGUGCAGAAGUUGAAUGAGCGAGGGCAUUAG